AUGUCUCGGGUGUGGCUGGCCCUCUUGCUGUGGGCAGCAGGUGGAGCGGGAGAGGCCCCGGACAGAGGCCGGGCCCUCAACGUGUCCGACAGGUGUCUGUCCGACGUGCAGGUCUUCCUCAGAGACAUCAGCCUGGACCCGCCCCAGCACUAUGCUGCUCUCAUGUACGAUGCGUUUGGGAAGAUGGGCAGCGAUGUGGCUGGGGGAAACGUCAACAUGCCAGGGUCUCUGCAAGAGUGUCUCUCAGUCAGGGGCCCGGCCUUCUCCGGACAGUACUGCCAGGUGUUCCUCAAGCAGGAUAACAUCCAGUAUUUUGUGGGGAUCUGUGUCCCUGACUCCUGUGAGGAGGACGAGGUGGAGACUCUUGUGAUAUGCGAGGCGUUCCAGGUUGCCGAGUCCUCCCUCAUCCCGGCCCUGCCCUCCAUCCUGGUCUCCCAGUCCGCCCAGGGCAUCUUCAUGACCCAGUGUGCCUCCGACACAGCCAGCCCUGACCUCUCUGCUGUCACCUGCCUGUUUGUCUGUGUCGCUAUGAUCGCAGUUCCUCUCGCGGCCACACUGCUCACUGCCCUCAUCAGGUGGCAGCACCACAAAGUAGUGAACCCUGGGGUGCCUCGGGGGUCUUCUUCCCUUACCGCUACCUCUAACCUGUAUGGGACCCUGUCGCCCAACGGCACCCCUAGUGGCAGGAAUGAUACGAAAAACAAUGUUCACGCUGUGCAGCAGCUGGGCGAGAUGGGCGGCAGCAGAUCAGAGGAGGAGGAUACGGGCUAUGUGUACUGGUGCCUCCAGGCGUUCUCCCUGCAGAACACCACCCAGGGUGUGCUCAGCACCACCUCUUCCUCCUCCACCUCCUCCUCCGCAGACCCAGCGGGGAGCUACGCCUCGGUGAACGGCAUCCGAAUCCUCAGCCUCCUCUGGAUCAUCUGCGGCCACAGCACCCAGCUCAGCGCCUGGAACAACCUGGAUAAUGAAAAGGAAUGGAAGAAGACGGUAGAAAGCAGCCCCCUGUACGUGUUUGCCUUCAGCGGGCCAGUCUACCUUGGCGUGGACACCUUCCUCCUUCUGGGUGGUCUACUCAGCGCAAGGUCUCUGCUGGGAUCCAUCCAGAGGGCUGAGGACAAAUUGAGCCGGGGUCUGGUGGCCCACUUCAUCUUCAAGAGGUUCAAAAGGGUGCAGCCCCUGCAUCUCUUCAUCGUGUGUCUGUCCAUCGGCUUCUACUCCGUGGUCCAGAGAGGGGCCUUCUGGUUCAUAGCCGAGGACCAGGUCAUCAACUGUAAGAAGUACUGGUGGUCCAACUUACUGCUGGUCAACAACCUGUUCACCAUCACGGACAUCUGCGCCCCCUGGACCUGGUAUCUGUCCCUGGACUUCCAGUUCUACGUCACCACUCCUCUGCUCAUUUACCUCUACAGGCUUAACAGGUGCGCGCUGCUGGUGGUCUCGGCCCUCCUGCUGCUGCUGUCAGGCCUGGCCAGUGCCGUCAUCACUGCCCUGCUGCAGCUGCCAGUACACCAGCCCACCACCCUAACCUAUGAAAGCUAUUUCCAGUAUUACUACAGCAAGCCGUACACCAGAUACGGACCUUACCUAAUAGGCAUUCUGCUGGGUAUAUACAUCACCACCAGGAGGGACCAGCUUCUCAAGCACCAGUGGCAGGCGGUGUUGGGCUGGGUCUCGUGUCUGGUGGGGAUGGCGGCGGUGGUGGUGCUGGCCUACGUGCUGAAGGACGUCCCGGACCACCCGUCCGUCGCACACGCCCUGUACCAGGGGGUCCACCGGCCCCUGUGGGCUCUGAACGUGGCCUGGAUCAUACUAGCCUGUGAGGAGGGCUAUGGAGGCCUGGUCCACAGCCUGCUGUCUCUGGGUGUGUGGGCUCCUCUGUCUCACAUCAGCUUCUCCUGCUACCUCAUCCACCCCUUCCUCAUCAUCCUCUACAACGGCAGGCAGGAGACCACCAUGCACUUCACCAACUUCAACUUUAUGUACCUGUUCCUGGGUCACGUGACCCUCACGCUGGCGGCUGGCUACGUCCUCACGGUGCUGGUGGAGAAACCAUACCUCUUCCUGCGGAGAAGCAGUGGAUAGAGGGUAGACAUCAUCCCAUUCAUCCCGCUCCACCAAGAAUGAAAUCUAUAGUCUGAUUCAACUCAGCUCUUGGGUUCUGUGAGGGUCUGACCCGAACACAGUUUAAAAUGUUGAUAGGAUCGAUCGUUUGAUGGAAUCCCCAUUGCCAACGGCAUUAAAUGCACAUCAAAUACACACUGAUCACAGACCUGACCACAUCGAGUAGGUUAAAUCAUAUGCAAGCUAUUUGAUAGAAACUUCUUUAAAUAUGUAUAUGACUGUAUCAUAGUAAUAAAGUCACAUUUAAAGGAAAGUAUGUUCCUUUACUCUGUUUUGCCUUCAUGAAUAGUUCUAUUUACAGAACUAGCCACAUCAAAGUGCUUUAGCCUAGUUAGAUUAAGGGUCGGAUAAGUGGUUUAAUAAGCCUCUUGACAAAUCAACUGUCAGUGUUUCACCAAGGGAAGUUUUCCGUCAUUAAACCGAGUUAGAAUUUCAAGGUGUAAAUAUGAUUAUUAUGAUCUACAAUCUCAGAGCGCCAGGCAGUGACUCACGCCCGAGCGAUGGGGGCAGGAGGGCUAUGCUAGAAGGCCUUUAAAAUGGCGUCCUCUGGGGGACGAUUGGGUAAACAGCAGUUUUUGAUCCAAUCAAACCCUCUGUGGUUUGAUUGUGAUUUAUAAAAGUAACUUCACAAUACUGGAAUAAUGACACCUAUUCUGACAUCAUCUGGAAUCUACACUUCAUGGCAAUCCCUUCAGUGGUGAAAAAGAACAGAGAGAGGCCACAUGGCCCAAAUUGUUAUUACGUUGUUAUUUUAUAAUUAUAACAAAUAUAUAAUUGCAGAAUCAAGUGUAAUCAAGUAUAAUGAAGACCAAUCAUUUCAAGUGUUUAGAUUCCAGCCCCCAACAUACAGGUUAAUUACUCUGGAGAAACUCUGUAAUCUUUUAUACAAACAGAGCACCAAUAGGACUACAGGAUGUACCAAUACUUGUGUGUAAAGGGACGGUAUGUUCUUCCCCAGUACAUACAUAAGUGUACUGGGAAUAAAGUUCCACAGUUUUGGAAUCAGGGGUCUACAAAUCUGGAUCUGACAAAUAACUUACUGUUGCUAUUUGUUUACUAUUGGGUACCUAUUAGAUUAUGACAGGGUAUGUAUGUGUGUGUAGAAAAGGCUAACUUAAUGAAAUAUUCGAACCUGAUUUAUCUUGUCCUGGUUCAUGUGG